AUGGAGGCAGUUGACAGAUGCGGUAACUCGCUUCCUGGCCAAAGAAAUGGUUUCGUUCAAUACAGUGGAGAAGCCGUCGUUCAAGGCCAUGCUGCAGUGCAUACCUUUGAUAAACAGUAUGAGCUGCCAGGUCGGAAAUAUUUCUCAAAGACGGCUAUCCCAAACCUUUUCAACGAGGUUAGAAGUAACAUCACGAAAGAGCUGGGUGAUGUAGAAUAUUUGGCCCUGACAACGGACAUGUGGUCCAGCUGCAAUAUGAUGCCCUACAUGUCAGUGUCAGUGCAUUAUGUAAAUAAAGAGUGGACACUGCAGUCCAAAUGCUUACAAACUUGUUUCAUGCCCGAACGCCAUACAGCAGAUAAUUUGGAAGAAGCACUGCGCGAGGCAAUUAAUGACUGGAAACUACAGGAGAAACAAAUUGCCUGUAUAACUACCGACAAUGGGGCGAAUAUUGUUGCAGCCAUCUGGCAGUUGAAAUGGCCAUGGUUAAGUUGCUUUGGGCACAGCUUGAACCUGGCCAUAAACAACUCGCUUGCGCAACAGAGGGCCAGCACAGACCAAGCUUUCGGGGUUUGCCGGGCAGUCAACACUGCGUUUUCGCACAGCUGGCUAAGGCGACGUGAACUGCAGAAAGCACAAGUGGAAAUGAAACUCCCUGAGCACUCACUGAUCACGGACUGUGCAACACGAUGGGGCUCAAAACAGCAAAUGGUGGAGAGAAUGCUGGAGCAGGAGCAAGCCAUCAAACGUGUGUUUGCCCAAGACAAAAGCCGCCGCCCACUCCCCCAGCUGACAUGGCAAGACAUAAGUGUUCUGGAAUCUGUGAACAACGCACUGAAGCCAGUAGCGGACUCCACAGACAUUCUCUCUGGAGAAAAUUACGUAACGGUGUCCUCACUGCUGCCCAUGUUGGCCAAUUUAGAAGGUGUGCUAGAGGAGUCAGGUGAUGAUUCCAAACCGACAGCCGGCCUGAGGCGUGUCAUCCUGGAGCAGAUGGACGGCAGAUAUGGUGAUGACACCAUCCAGAGGAUGAUGCUCUAUGGUGUAGACUCGCAGCGGGGCGGGGGCGUGGCAUCACGAUGGUGUCUCUCCAUCAUGAUAUCAGUCAACCAUCACGAUGGACGAUGA